AUGGGUUGCUGUUGGUCCUGCAAAUCAUCCUCUGCAUUCAAUACUAUACGAGUGGUACACUUGAAUGGUUAUGUAGAAGACUUCGAACAUCCAGUUACAGUCAGUGAAGUCACUGGUAAGCCACCAAAGCAUUUUGUGAUCACCCAGGCUGAGCUUCUGUCCACAGGCACCAAGCCUCUCAGACCCGACGCCAUACUCGAGCCCGGCCAUAUCUACUUCCUGCUACCGUACUCAACAUUUCAGUCCAACGUCUCUCCCAUGGAAUUGGCCCCUCUAGCAAGAAAGCUCACUGCCAUAGCCAAAAGUAGCCGGUCCAACACUAAUUCUGCGCGGGUCAACAUUUCGUCUAGCCCGCACGGACUGAGCCCGAUAUGGGGCUCACCGGCUAGUAGUCCUAGCCGGUUUUCAGACCAGUGUAAGGGGGUGGAACCAGAAUGGGGUGUGACAGGGUAUGGUUUGCAAAAGUCGUCCAAGUCACGGUCAUGGAAGCCACUUUUGGCCACGAUCAGAGAAAGAUCGUUUAAUCGGAGAAGUGAAUCGGAUCUACAAGAGAAGAAUUCGGACAACAUGAAAUAG